AUGACCAGCAAAAAACAAAAACACUCGUACAAUUCGCCGGGCGAGGGUGCUGCGAAUGAUUCUGCAAAGCAAUCAGGGCCGCAUAGUGCCCCUGCAACUCCCAGGCGGCCUUCUGGCACGGAUAUCCCAAGAGGGGGCAAAACAUCCAAUUCUACACCCGCGUUGGGGGAUGCAAAAUUUGCCAAUGCCAAAGCCUCCAAUGCCAAAGUUGCGAUUCCCCGCCAGCCGCCGGGGAACAACACCCAGCGCUACAACCGGCGGGUUCCGCGAGCUUGUGAGUCGUGUAGACAGCGCAAAACAAAAUGCAGUGGUGACACCCCGGUUUGUCGACAAUGUCGAGAACUGAGAGUGACCUGUCACUAUCCUGUCGGUUGGCGGGAAAAAAUGAAAAGGGAGGUUGACCGGCUCACUGCUGAGGUGCAAGAUUAUGAAAACUUUCUGGACGAUCUGCGGAAUUCGGCCGAGUCUCGCACGACGGACUGGAUCAAGGUUUUGCUAGACAAGCAUGAAUUGAAGGGAGAAAGUGCCUUUGAUAAUGCGCGCUCCUAUCGCUCCACACCUCAGAAUGAGAUGGAACCAGAUGAAACGUCUCCGCUCUCAUCAAUUGGAUCACUGGACGCCAUUGACCGAGUAGACGAGGAUCACAAUCGAUCAGAACACACUCGGGCCACGGGCUACAUGGGCAAAAGCUCGGAAAUCACCUGGAUGCAACGGCUAAAGAGAGAGGCCGAACAGCGUGCCCGUGGAAAGUGUGGCACUUUAGAAUCCGAAGGCGAUGAAGACGACGAAACAAAGGAUAGGUUCUCACUCAGCGCCUUGAACUAUCACCUUGACGACCUCAGCAUAUCCGUGCCCGAACCAAUACAGAAGUAUACCAUGCCGCCGCGACAUUUAGCGGACCGGCUCUUUGACGACUACUUAAAAACCGUCCAUCCUUUUUUCCCCAUUAUCAGCAGAUCACUGUUCUGCGCACAGUAUCAAACCUUUUUUGACAACUCCGCUCGAUCUAACUCCGUCAGACCUGGCGAAAAAUGGCUCGCCAUUUUGAAUGUCAUUUUCGCUAUCGCUGCAAAGCACGCCCACCUCAUGAACUCUCCAUGGCGAGGAGCCGCGAACGACCAUCUGAUGUACCUAGCUCGUGCUAGACUGCUCAUGCGUUCAGCAAUCACCCUCGGUAUCAACCUGAAGAACAAUAGUUUGAAAACCCCCAACAUCUCUAAAGAAGCUCGGUAUAAAGUUUGGUGGUGCAUAUACUCCUUUGAACAUAUGUUAGGCAUUAUGACCGGUCGAGCGAUUUCUACCAUGGAUGGAGGCUACGCGACCCCGUUGCCCUUACCAUACGAAGAGGAUCAGCUCCAAGAAGAUCCGGCCGCGCUCGAAAUUCUGAACGACCCAACUUUGAGAGAUGAACAGAUCAACAACGUGAUGGCGAGCUCACUUAUCCGACAAACUCUCGGCAGAGACCGAUCCCAUCCGAAGGACCAAUCAUGGGUCAAAAGCCUACCAAUCAACUUCGGCGUUUGCUAUCUAUACAACUGCGACUUGACGGUUAUUGCCCAGGAGAUCAUCAACAAGAUCUAUUCGACCAACUGCGUCAUGUUACCGUGGUCGGAAAUUGAAAGCCGAAUCGAUGAAGCGAAGUCUCGAAUCGAUUUCUGGCGGUCCAGUCUUCCCACGGGGCUCGAUUUCACCCAAAAGAAGACAGACGACAGCCACGACCAGCUACGCUGUAAACUGGCUCUGGGCUUUCACUACUACAGCGUCCGAAUCACUCUCGGCCGCCCGUGCCUCUGUCGGCGAGAUGCACGUCAAAAUGGAACCUUGCCUACAUUCAGUCACACGAUGGCAGUCGUCACUUUACAGUCAGCGUGCGGUAUGAUCGACCUGAUCCCCGAUGAGCCGAAUGUUCUCCAACUCUACGACAUCUGCCCCUGGUGGUGUAUCUUGCGCCAAUUGAUGCAAGCUGCGAUAGUUCUUCUCCUCGAGCUGUCAUUCGGAAGUGUUCACAUGCCAGAGGAGGAGGACAACUUCGUCCGACUGGCGAAAAAAUGCAUCCGCUGGUUCUACGCCAUGCCUGAACACAGCUCCCGCCGUGCAUGGCAACUCUGCGACUCCAGCUUCCGCAAACUCGCCAGUGGCAUGAAAUACGCCGUCGAUGACAUCCCCUCCCAUCCCUACCAGCAAGAUCCUAACUCUUCUGUGACCACUUCCCAUCUCCCUUUUCAUCCUCCUCUCACCCCGUCAUCCCGCGAAUACUUCACAUUGCCCCCGGAAGAAAUCUCCAUCUUCGGCUCGCGCCCGGUCCCCGAAGCGGACCUGUGGACAAGCUAUUUCAACCUUCCCACUCCCGACCUAAUGUCCACAUUCCAAAGACCUGUCGAGAUGGCCGAUUCAUAUUUCCCAUAUGACCCACUCAGUGAGGAAUUCAUUCGAUCGCUAUUCCCGUCUACUGACGAGGAUCAUCGGGAACCGAAUUGA